CCGAGGAAGAGGCACAGCAACAGUCAGACUCAUGCUUACGGUCUAGUUCCCCGCUCCAACAAAAGCUCGUAGUUCUGACAUUAGACAUUGACAACGGGCAGUGAAUUAAGACUCGACCAGGCUGAACCAGAGCCUAGUCCCGACUUAUACUGAUGGCAACUGUGCAAGAGCGUCACCCAGAGCUUUUCCAACCUAUCAACUAUGAGUCUCCGCGGGGACGGAGCCGUCAGGUCCCAAUGGAGACUCUUUGUCUAGGCUUCAACCGAACCGGAACAGCAAGUAAGUCUCUCAGCUCGUUUCUCCCUUCGCCACGUCUUACCAGAGAAAGCCAUGUCUGCUGCCCUAGAAAAGCUUGGUCUACCUUGCUGGCAUUCGUUUCAUCUCCUCACUACACACUUUGGUGACAAUGAGAUGUGGCAAGAGGCGAUCGACAGGAAAUUCUAUGGGAAAGGUGAACCUUUUGGAAGAGAAGAGUUUGACCAGCUGUUGCAUUGCUUCAGUGCGGUCAGCUCUGAUACUCCCGCGAUUGCAUUUGCAGAGGAUUUGAUUGCCGCAUAUCCUGAGGCUAAGGUCAUUCUUGUCGAGAGGGACAUCGAUGAGUGGUAUAAGAGUUACAUGCAUUCUAUCAUAAACAACAUGUUCAAUCCGUUUACAACGCUGGUCUAUCAUCUCGAUCGCAGCUAUAUCCACAAGAUAGGCAAGGUACACAAGAGUGUUGUCGCCGGAUGGGGAGGUAUACGAUCUCGAAAGGAUGCAGAGAUCAAAGCUCGAGACAAUUAUCGCAAGCACUACGCAACGAUCAGACGAGUCACUCCAGCAGAACGCCUGUUGGAGUUUAGGCUUGAUCAAGGUUGGGAACCUUUAUGUCGUUUUCUCGGGAAGGAUGUUCCAGAGGAUAACUUCCCAAGGUUGAAUGAGAGUGCGUGGUUUGAUGAAAAGGCGAACAUUUUGGUGCGACAAGGAUUAAGAGAUGGGUUGAAGAAGAUGAUGCCUUGGGUUAUUGUAAUAAUUGGCGUGUGUUAUUGGUAUUUCAUGCCCGUUUACUCUCCAUAAUCUACUCCAUAUAAUGAUUAUAAGGAGCAAUAAAUAUAUAUUGGUUGAAGAUAUGUGGCGAUAUGUGGACCACUUAUUAAAUGCCU